AUGAAAGCCAGAGGCUACGACCGGGCGGUCGUCGCGACUGCCAUAAUCGGAAUAUUGUUAUCCACAUACGCCCUGUACGUGGAGAUGGCGGCGGAAGCGAACCCCGACUAUAAGGCAUUCUGCGACCUCUCCGAGCAUGCGAGCUGCACGCGGGUCCUUACUUCCGAGUUUUCUAAAGGAUUCGGCUUUUUCUGGGAAGAUUCUUCUUUGGAAGUACCUAAUUGCGUUUAUGGAAUUGUCUUUUAUUGUACUAUUAUAUUUUUAUCUACGUUUGAACGUCCAGCGGCUGUACAUUUACAAUUAUUCCUCGCAUUGGCGUCAGUGUUGGAGGUUGUCUGUGUUUUGAGUAGUUCAGUGUUUGGCUGUUUAUGUAAACAACGCUGCGUUGAUCUAUCGAUCACGUGUUUUUCAUUAACGGCGGUGUCCAGUAAUGUUUUGAUAUGCCGAGCACAGCGGUUUCGCGUGACAUCGCCUCAGUGUCACCAACUGAUACCAAGACCUACGAGGAUGCUUUGGCAAUUGUACGUA